AUGACUGUAUUUUUCAAAAAUGGUUUUUUUGGCAUGAAAAGUGCAAAACGGUGAUUUUGAAGUUUUCCAAGGGUGUUUUUAAAACAGCAAAAAGAGAGGAAAAAAGUACAUAUAAAAAUCUAUAUUCUAUCAAAACUAGACAAAUUUAAGCAGAGAAAGCUGAGGAUGGGAUUGUAUAAUAGACAGCAUAUAUUGCAUAAUACCAAAUAA